UUUGUCUCGAAUCAGUCGAACAACAUGGAAGCGUUGGCGCGUUUUCUCAUCGUUGCAACGGUAAUCGUUCAAUUGACAUCGAUUUCUGCUGCCUCAGCUAAGCAACAGGAUGAGGAUGAGGAUAAACCAAGAGCCGAUAAGUUGACCAUUAAUAUUGAUUCAGUGUCGCAAAGGAUACCGCCGCAAAUAGCCUAUUUCAUUCCAAACGGAGUGUUCAAUCGUACAUUUAAUUUCAAUCAAAAUCAACCCAUGCCACAACCGCCGAUCAUCAAUAUGUGGCCACCGAAUGAUCCGCGAAUGAAUCAAACUUUCAACAAUUUCAACCUAACAGACCUAAUGAUGUCUCAGCAACGCCCAUACCGUUUCAUAGCGGUGCCAAAAAACCAGAUACGUAGCAUUGUUCAAGAUGAUCCAGACAUGGCUUUCCAGAAUUUCAAUUAUCAAAUUGAUUUCGCCAAAAUACCGGACAAACAACCGGAUUUUACGCGCUUCGAAAGUCUCAACAGAGAACGUGAAAAACCAACGGUGAAAAGAGUAAAGCCGAAGAAAUAUAUCAAACGACCGGUUUCUACUAAUUACGCAAAUACAUCACCAAACAUUCGAAGUAGAAUAAAAUACAUUAAAAUCGAUCAUGAAAAUAAAUUCGAAGUUAGUUCAAAAGAUAAACAUCAUUCAGGUGACAGUGGUAGUGGUAUUGGUAGUGGUAGUGGGACUUAUAGUGAUGAACUAGAAAAUAUCGAUACAUCGGAUCAAUCAAAAGUUUAUAACAAUAAUGCCAAAUUAAAGAAAUCUCGUCGUAAAAAGCCAAAGCCAAAGCAUUAUUCGAUGUUCAAACUUUCACAUCCUACAACAUCGAGUGUUGAAAAUGAAAGCAGCAGCUACGACUUUGAUAACGUUAAUACUGAUGAUAUUGACACAUUUCAUUCGGAUCAUUCAAACCAUAAGAAUUGUGAUCACCAAAAUUCAGAUUUAACAGAACAGCAGCCUGAGAAUGAAAGCGAUGGAAAUGAAAAUGUGAAUGGUAAUUUCGGUGAUUCAGAGAAUAAAGUGAUUAUUAAGCAUCCAAAAGGUUUUGCGAUUUAUCUUACAAAAGUAAUCAAACAUCCAAAACCAUACCGAGCUCUUCGAAUGGACAAUAGUAGAGUUCUUAGCAAUGGUUUUGUACCCACGCGCAUCAUGUCUUCUGUUAGAGGUGUGAAAAAAAUCGUACAUAAACCGCGAAAAAUCCAUAAACCAACAAUGCGAGAGCGUUUGAGCGAAUCGGGUGGUCAUGUAGUCUAUACGGAGGAUGGAUAUGAGGAUAAGGAAUAUGAUCAUGGUGCAGAAGAUAAAUCUCUUGAAUAUCUAUCCCGAUCACGUAGAUCCACGAACUUUAAGAAACUCAAAGGGCAAGAAUUAAUUGAUCAUCUGGACAGUUUGAUAAGAAAUGUUUCAGAUUACUUGAACAGCAGCGAAAUCAUACCUGAGACACACAAAAAAUAUCCACUGUACCAUACCACAGACGACAAUAUCGAUGAUUCGGCAAUAAAAUAUUCGGAAUACGCUAAGCCAGUUGUCGAUGAAGAUUAUUCUAGUGAACUGUACGAAUCUAAAGCGGAAAAUUGUGACGAUAUUGACGAUCAAAUCGAUUUAUCAAAUGCCCAUAAUGAUACGAGUGGCCCGAAGAAACGCCUCGGAAAUUUAGGAAAUAAGAUCGAUUGUUUGAAACGAAAGUUGUUUGGCAAACAACCUCUAGACAAUCCCUUGUUCAAAGAAGAAAAAAUAUCGCAACCAAAACCGGACAAUGUCUUCGCCAAUAUUAUGCAGGAGGCCGAUAGUAUUCAAACAAUUUCGGAAAUUGUUCAUAGCGAUGUAAUGGAUAAUAUAAAGUUUAAUGAAAAUCAAAGAAUAUUUGCCGAUUUUGGUGUUAGUGAUAAUUUUGCUCUCCCUUCUUAUAACUCGAAACCAGUUACAGCCAAACCAGUGAACCAACUCAAUACAAACGAAAAGUAUUCCAAUGACUACAAGCAGACGAACAAUGUAAAUGAAAAGCCAUCGGUCACCCAGAGUCCACUUCGUACCAAUCGUGUCACCGUACGGCCCCAACUAUGAUCAGCAGCGAACAGUUACAUUGACAACGACAACCAUGUCGGCAAUAUCAACGACAACUUUUGCGCCACCCACACAACCUCAGCAAAAAUAUGGUCCACCGAUUCGUGGCGGCCAAAAUCCACCAUUGAGAAG